CCUUCGUAGUUCGUACGCGUAUUUUAGAUUCCUCAGCGUCUUUGGCGAGCAAAGAGAGAAACCCUAACAGCGGCAGGGGAGGCGAAGAGGGCAACCAGAAGAGAAGGCGAAGAUGAUCGAGGUAGUUCUCAACGAUCGGCUCGGGAAGAAGGUCCGGGUGAAAUGCAACGAAGAUGACACCAUCGGCGACCUCAAGAAGCUGGUGGCGGCGCAGACCGGCACCCGAGCUGACAAGAUCCGCAUCCAGAAGUGGUACAACAUCUACAAGGAUCACAUCACCCUCAAGGACUACGAGAUCCACGACGGCAUGGGUCUCGAGCUCUACUACAACUAAGCUACGGUAAAGGUUACUAUAUGAAUAUGGAUCCGAACCAUUGGCUGGAUCAAUGAUAUGAUCUUUAGCACAACUAUAUGAUGCCAAUACACUUUCAUCUCCAUAACUAACUGCUAUAGUGCCACACCAUCUGCUAGCGUGCAAAAAACUCAUCCUGUAUGGAAUAAUAUUAGACAUUGAAACCAAUGCUUGAUAUUUGGAUUUCUUUGUGACCUUUACUGCAAUUUGUGCAAUGUAUUAGAGCGCCUGCUGUGUCACUGUUUA